CUUAAAGUUUACACACGUUCGGCUUACGUUCUAGUCUUUGGGUCUCCGGGACAAGCAGGUAAGUGUGUUCAUGCAUAUUACUUCCUUCUGGAGGGUGCCUGCCCCUAGCCUACCACACGCUUGAUAAGUCAAGUCCAUUUUUACAAGUUGUAAUAAUAGUUAAACCAAAAAAAAAAAUGUAAUAAUAGGAAAUGUAAUUCAAAUAAAUUAAUUAUAAAAAUAAUUAAAAUUAUGUUAAUUACAAGCAUAGAUAUAUAUAUAUAUAUAUAUAUGGGUUUUGUUAUUCAUUGCAAACUCCAUAUCUCUUUGUUUUUUCUUUCUUAUAUUUUGGAAUCUUAGCUCUUGUAAUAAGGGAUUAGAAGAAAUGAAUAAGGAAGUGACUAUGAAGAUGACUAAGCUCUUAUCGAUCGCGAUUCUGAUGGGGACUAUUGUGAUUUGGAUCAUGAUGCCAACUUCUACUUACAAGAAGAUCUGGUUGACAUCCAUGCGUGCCAAGCUCGGCAAAUCAAUUUAUUUUGGAAAACCAGGAGUGAACCUUCUGGUCUACAUGUUCCCAGUGAUUCUAUUGGCAUUUCUGGGUUGUAUCCACCUUCACUUGAAGAAACAAACGAGUGUUGACCACUUUCAUAGUGGAGUUGAGAGGAAGAAGAAGAGAGAUAAGUUUGGUGCAUUGAGAAGACCAAUGUUAGUGAAGGGACCAUUAGGAAUAGUUACAGUGACUGAAGUUAUGUUCUUGACGAUGUUCAUGACUCUUCUGCUUUGGAGCUUAACCAAUUACUUUUACUAUACUUUUGUCACCAUCACUCCUCAAUCAGCAGCAAUCCAUGGAGAUAACUUAUGGCAAGCGAGGCUGGAUUCAAUAGCAGUACGGUUAGGUCUAGCUGGGAACAUAUGUUUGGGGUUCUUGUUUUAUCCGGUGGCGCGUGGCUCGUCGUUGCUGGCUGCAAUUGGGCUUACGUCAGAGUCAAGCAUCAAGUAUCAUAUAUGGCUCGGCCACAUGGUCAUGACCUUAUUCACCAGCCACGGUCUUUGUUACGUUAUCUAUUGGAUAUCCAGAAAUCAAGUCUCUCAGAUGUUGGAGUGGGACAGGACCGGUAUCUCGAACUUGGCCGGGGAGAUAGCUCUGGUGGCCGGAAUUUUGAUGUGGGCCACCACAUUUCCGGCGAUAAGGAAGAGAUUUUUCGAAGUCUUCUUCUAUACUCAUUAUCUAUACAUCGUCUUCAUGCUCUUCUUUGUCUUCCACGUUGGCAUCUCUUACUCGUUGAUCUCUUUUCCCGGUUUCUACAUCUUCAUCGUCGAUCGUUUCUUGAGAUUUCUCCAGUCUCGAAACAACGUCAAGCUAGUCUCUGCUCGUGUUCUUCCUUGUGACACCGUCGAGCUCAAUUUUUCCAAAAGCCCUACGCUGAUUUAUAACCCUACGAGUAUAUUGUUCGUGAACAUACCGAGCAUUUCGAAGCUUCAAUGGCAUCCAUUUACGAUAACUUCAAGUAGCAAACUCGAACCAGAGAAGCUAAGUGUUGUGAUCAGGGGCGAAGGCAAAUGGUCCACUAAGCUUUAUCAGAUGGUUUCUUCUUCUGAUCAGAUCUACCGCCUUGCUGUUUCCUUCGAAGGACCAUACGGCCCUAGUUCCACUGAUUUCUUACGACAUGAAUCUCUAGUGAUGGUGAGUGGAGGCAGUGGGAUUACACCGUUCAUCUCCAUAAUCCGUGACCUAGUCUACAUGAGCUCAACGAACAGUUGUAAAAUCCCCAAAAUGACCCUAAUCUGCGCGUUCAAGAACUCGUCUGACCUCUCGAUGCUCGAUCUAAUAUUACCCAAAUCUGGUCUCACCACCGAGAUCUCCUCGUUUUUAGAUAUCCAAAUCAAAGCCUUCGUCACCCGAGAGAAAGAAUCAACUCGCAACAUGAACAUCAUCAAACCCAUCUGUUUCAAACCAUAUGUCUCAGACCAACCCAUCUCACCAAUCCUUGGACCCAACUCCUGGCUCUGUCUUGCCACCAUCCUCUCUUCUUCAUUCAUGAUCUUUAUUAUCAUCAUCGGAAUCAUCAUGAGAUAUCACAUUUAUCCAAUCGAUCAAAGCUCGAGAAGGUACACGUCGGCUUAUACCUCUCUCAUUUACCUUCUAGCAAUCUCCUUUAGCGUGGCGGCUACGUCUACGGUCGCUGUAUUGUGCAACAAAAAGAAGUCUUAUACGAAAUAUGAGCAAAACGUCGACGUUUUGUCUUUGCUGAUGAACGAGAGCUCGCCACAGCAGUUGCUAUUGCAAUCCACCAGCAUAUUUUACGGGGAAAGGCCUAAUCUUAACAAGCUUCUAGUUGGUUUAAAGGGUUCAAGCGUGGGAGUUCUCGUGUGUGGCCCGAGGAAGAUGAGACAAGAGGUUGCAAAGAUUUGUUCCUAUGGUUCGGCUGACAAUCUUCAGUUUGAAUCUAUCAGCUUCAGCUGGUGAUUUUUUUUUAAUCAGAUUGAAUUUUGACAAUUGUUUGGGUUGCAAAUUAACUAGGUGGCUUAGAUAGUAGAUACAGUUUGAGGAUAUCCACAUCUUUCACCUGAUAACAAAUAUUAUUUACAAAU